CAGGUUCCUUUGGUUGUUACUUGCCCGGUCCAAGCAUGACGGUGUGAUAGUACCAUGGCUUGAUGUCACAAGAAGAUUCGACCAGCAUGCAAGAACGAGAGGGAAAUGCGCUUACCUAGAGCAUAUAUACACCACCAUCAGUGUCACUCCCGACCAGGUCGGUGUUCCGACACCCUCUAGUACCAGUCUCGAUCCUUGGUAGAGACACCAGUUAUAGCUAAGCUCGUCAGCAAGUAUCGCAUUAUGGGAGGCAGGAAGCAUCACAGUUGGCGACGAGGCAAGGAAAUCCAAGAUUCCGGUGCCUCAAGACGCAGAACACCCCUUGACUCCGAUACAGAUAUGUUCGGCAGUCCAUCACUGUGGUGCAAGAAGAAAAAAACCCAUCAUCACCACAGGGAAGCGAAAGGCCGCCGAUCCGAAAAGGGCGUAGGCCUAGACGAGCAGCCGCGGCAGAAGCACCGCAUCUUGCACUCUCCCUUUGCCCGUCUCUUCGGGAGGACUUCUGGUCACCGUCAUCGCAAGAAAACCACACCGACGCGCGAACCCAGAAUCGGGCAUCGGCGUGGGCUCGGGUGCAGCACGCCUCCUUCUCCUCCACCACCACCACCACCACCUCCGCCAUUCAAACUUUCCUCGCCAUAUACUACUCCCAAGAUGUAUCGCCGUGGCCGAUCGGUCAUGCAGUUAACGCCAUCUACACGAUCAUUCUGUAGAACACCAUACCAGACACCGACAUCUCGCAUCCAAGAAUCUUCUAAUUUUAGCGCUUCAAAUACCCCAAGUGUUGUUGCUUCCUCGGGAACUCCCUGCCCAUCAUCAUCAUCAUCAUCAUCCAUGCCCCUCAAUAAUGCCACUUGCGAAUCCUGUUUUAAAACGCACCACCUCAACGCCACUCUCCGCCAAGCCCUCCUUGCCUACACGCGAGACAUGUACACGAUCCUACAAAGAUGGUCUGACGACGUCGGUUGUGGAGAGGGCACGCAAGGGUUUGUCACGGAUCCGAUGGAGUGGCAGCCUGAAAAGGCGGCGGUCGUGAUAGAAAAAGAGCGCAGACCGAGCGAGAUGUGUAGGAUGUUGAUGAAAAUGGGGAGCGUAGAGGACUGGGUUGGGGUUAUGAGGGGGUUAGAGGAGAAGGAAGGAGGAGGCUUGGGGGCCCAAAGGAUGGAAAGGGUGAAGGAUGGGGGUGGAGAAGAGGGUAGUAGUGGACCAUGGGCGGCGAUUGGGAAUGAGACCAGAGGCGAGAGUGGCAGUGGGAGGUGGUCGGGAUACCGGAGGAUGGCUGUGGAUCAGGGAGGCGGACAGGGUUGACAACGAGGUAUGUACUUGGCUUGUGGAAGGUCAUUCCUUGUAUGGGUACGACCAUGAAGGAGCCGUAACGGGCCGGUCCGUGAAAGGAACGGGGCCGUCGCCGGAAAAGCGGGGGCCUC